AAUACAAGAAGAGAAAUGAUUUUAGAUGUAGCAAAUUUAGUGAUAUAUUUACCAAAAUGACAAAACCAAGAACAUGAACAGUCUUAGAACAGAAAAAAACAUACCAGAAGAGAAUAUAACUUGCCUGGAAUCUGGGAGGAACACAAAACGGUCUGAAUGGUCAAAGUAAGAAGACAAACCAAAUAUUUGUCUUCUAAUUCCUUUGGCUAUGUUCACCAGAUUUUAUACUUUUGGCUGUCUUAGUUUUCAUCUUUGUUACAUUGUAGACGCCACUGACAGUUCACCAAUCUUUGUCUCGUUUCUCCCACAAGUUAACUUUUACAGAUGCAUAUGAUGAAUUCAGAAGCUUCACAUGCUAAUUAAAAUGUAAAAAUAUUAAAAAUGAAUUAUUUUCUUAUCAAAUUCAUCGGUUGGUCAAUAAAAACAAAAACACAUAUAUAAGUUAGUUUCAAGCUAAGUCUACAAAGAGAAAACAUGAGGAGAAGGAAAUAUAACUUGGUAUAGAACAAAAUGGGAUUUUGAAAUUCUCAUUAAAAAAAUACGGUUCCGUAGAACUCAGUCACGUUGCAUUUUAACACACAUAGCCACGCGCUCUGUUUAUGUGCAGUAUAUGGCGAUGAUUGAUUGUUACUUGAAUAGGAAGCACGUAGCCACCUUAAUUUAAGUGAAUAAACAGAUUAGAAAAACAAACAAAAUAUUCUUCCUCUGAUUCUUUGGCUAAACCAUUCUUAACAUUUUUAUCAGUUCGCUGUCUUACUAAUCUUGGUUUUCUUGUUGCUCCCACAAUUUAGCUUUUGCCACAUGCAUGUGUGACCCUUAACCUGUAAUAUGCCACGUCAGUGAAGAGUUCCAAAAAUUCUGCGCAUGAAGUGUUCCAAAUUAUCUUUUUCCUUGAACUGUACAACUAACUUUAUAUUAAAAAUUAAUAUUUUACAAAACAAAAGACUUCAUAUUAUAAAGCGAUGUGAUAGAACGUUGACUAAAAAAUGAUAUGAAAGAGACUGGUGUUUUGGACUUAUAAAAGUGAGCAACCGAGUAAGCUAAUUACUUAAUCGAGUGAAGAGAAAGAACAACUAAAAAAUGGGCGAAGAAGAGCGUUCAGGAGAUGAAAGAAAAACAAGUGAAGAAGUUGAUGCUGGUGCCCUCUUCGUCCUUAAGUCUAAAGAUUUAGUAUAUUUUCUUGACAAAAAUAUAAUAUAUAUCACUGAGGAUAAUGAAUGGUGAUGGGAACUAGGCACAUGGUGGCACUGCGGUUUCCACUUGACGACGUCAAUAGUGGCGCCUCCCUUAUUGAGUUUACCGUAUGCUUUCAAGUUCUUGGGAUGGGCCGCCGGAAUAUCGUGUUUGGUGGGAGGAGCAGCCGUCACGUUUUACUCGUACACGCUCCUCUCCCUUACUCUCCAACACCAUGCUUCACUCGGUCACCGCUACCUUCGGUUCCGGGACAUGGCACACCACAUCCUCGGGCCAAAAUGGGGAAGGUACUACGUGGGACCAAUACAAAUGGCGGUCUGCUAUGGUGUGGUUAUCGCCAAUACCCUCUUGGGAGGCCAGUGCCUUAAGGCAAUUUAUCUGAUAAUGGAGCCAAACGGUGAAAUGAAACUCUUUGAGUUUGUGAUUCUUUUUGGAGGCUUGCUCUUGGUUUUGGCACAAAUCCCAUCUUUUCAUUCUCUACGUCACAUCAACUUCUUCUCCCUCGUCCUAUGCCUUCUCUACAGUGCUUUAGCCGCUGCUGCAUCCAUCAUUAUUGGAAAUAAAUCAAAUGGACCGGAGAAAGACUAUGCAAUAGUUGGUGACAAGGAAACCAAAGUGUUUGGGAUCUUUAAUGCUAUGGCUAUUAUUGCUACUACAUACGGCAAUGGCAUUAUACCAGAAAUUCAGGCAACAUUGGCGGCACCAGUAAAAGGAAAAAUGUUUAAAGGAUUGUGUAUGUGUUACGCAGUAGUGAUAGUGACAUUCUUCACCGUAGCCAUCUCAGGAUACUGGGCGUUUGGUAAUAAAGCCAAUGGACUUCUCUUCACCAACUUUUUGAAUCCUGAGACAAACCAUUACUUAGUUCCUACAUGGUUCAUUUUUCUCAUCAACCUCUUCACCGUCCUGCAACUCUCGGCCGUUGCCGUGGUGUAUUUACAACCUAUAAACGAUAUUUUGGAAAGUGCACUUAGCGAUCCAACAAAGAAAGAGUUCUCUAUCCGCAAUGUCAUCCCUCGACUAGCCGCCCGUUCACUCUUCGUCGUGGUUGCUACAAUCUUUGCGGCAAUGCUUCCAUUUUUUGGAGAUGUAAACUCUUUGCUAGGUGCUUUUGGUUUCAUGCCUCUAGACUUUGUUCUGCCUGUGGUGUUUUUCAACUUCACGUUCAAGCCAUCUAAGAAAAGCUUUAUCUUUUGGAUCAACACUAUAAUCGCCGUGCUGUUUUCUUGUUUAGGGGUGAUUGCUAUGGUCGCGGCAGUUAGGCAGAUUGUUCUUGAUGCCAAAACGUAUAAACUCUUUGCGGAUGUAUAAAACAUGCAAAGCAAAGGGAGGUUGUUGUUGUUAAGAGAAAACUGAGAAAUCAAAAUUUGAUAAUAUCCAUGCUUAGCAAGUUAAUAUUUCA